UGUAGGCAAUGUGAAAAGAAGCAGGAAGUUUUUAUCCAUGGAGUGGUACAAAGAGAGUGCAAUCAAGGCAUAUCUUGAGACAGUAAAGCUGUGCAAGCUGGAUCAUGAGAGAAGGUGCUGUUCAUUUUGGAAUCCAGGGCUGCAGAACAGUGAGCUGACAGCGGCUUUGGCGGCUGGUACAAAUUCACAGCUCAUAAUUGAAAUAUGCAGUAGCAUGACCUGCACUACCAUAGCUCUGGCGGCUGCUUCCAGACAAACAGGGGGCCGUUUUGUUUGCAUUUUAUCCAGACCAGAUAGCCUUCCUGAGUCCUUGAAGAGAAUGGAGGCCGUUGAUCUGUUGGGUGGUGUGGAAUUCUUAGUAGGAGAGGCCAAGGAUCUGAUUUCUCGAUUCUCUAACAUUGAUUUUGCCCUUGUGGAUUGCAGUAAUGAUAAAUUUGUAGGGCUUUUCAAGAUGCUGAAUUUUAACCCGAAGGGAGCUAUUCUCAGUACUAAUAAUCUAUUGAAUAAGGGUAGCUAUGAGCGAGGAGGGUGCAUAUGGCAGACCCAGCGUAUUGGGGACAGUCUUCAGGUUACCAGAAUAAAGAGGGGUUGUGUCAUGUCACGUCAGAUCAAAAAACGUUGGAUUGUUCAGAUUGAUAGCCAGACUGGAGAAGAACAUGUUUUUCUGAUCCGUAGAAAUCGGUCUGAGACUCGCUAGAAGAAUAAGCAGAAUAGAUUUUUAUGUAUAUUCCUAAAUUUUGUAUGGAUUUCUAUGUAUAUUCCUAAAUUUUGUGUCCACCCAUUUUCAGUGGUGGUCGACAUGGAAUAACUCCUUUAACAUGUUAAAGAGAUGUUAAAGAGAUUAAAUUUCUAUAAUUUAUGUAAUUGAAAUCAGUUGUUU